UUGUGAACUGCGUUUCUCGAAGUAGGAAGCAAAAUUUGUCAUGGGCAGUUUUGCAAUCUUCAGCUUGCUGUUAGUACUUAUAGUUACAGUGCAGAAAUGCAAAUCUUUAAAUUGCCAAGAGGUCAUCAGCCCAAUCUGCAGCGACAUAAUCCGAUACCCGGUUCUUAUGCCCAACAUGUUCGGCCAUACAACGCAAGACGAGGCAAAUAUUGAACUAAGCCAAUAUUAUCCGUUCUUAAAGAUUGGAUGUUCGCCGUACCUCAAGCCAUUCCUAUGCAGUGCAUUCUUUUCCCCUUGUACUUCUAAGGGAACAAGAAAACUACCUUGCAGAUCUCUUUGUGAAAAUACAAUGGUUGGAUGCUUGGAAGUCGCUACCAGGUUUGGAUUUGUCGUACCAGAAGCAUUGAAUUGCGCAAGAUUUCCAGAGCAAACUUCUACCUCGUAUUGUAUUCAACCAGAAUCGUUUGGCCUGUCCCCGAUAAAACAUAACUAAACUUUAAAACCCAUAGCCACGUAUCAUAGUAGGCCUAUAGUAGAGUGGUGGAAAAUGUGACACCUUUUCAUUUAAUUUUAUUUCAUUUGAUAGUAAACAAACAACAUUUAAAGAAUUAUAAAACCGUAAUAUCACGACUGCCAUAAACCGUUGCUGGUUGUUUAAGACACGAUUAAAAUAUUUGUAUAUUAUGUGGUAAAAGUGUCCCGUCAUCCCCACCCUACUAUAUAUCUUAUGUAUUUCAAAACGAAGCCCACAAGGGUCUUCAAUUAUGUGAUGGACCAAUGGCAAUGCUCAUUAUGUAGGUUUAAUAUUACCUAAAAUUUCACACCCAGUAAGAUUGGGCACUAGGUGUUAACAACAGAACACCCGUGGGGUGAUAUAAUAACGAAUGUCGGCGACAUGUCCCAUAAGGAUAUAUUAGUUAGAUUCUUCAUUCACACAUAUGCCCCAUUUAUGUUGUAUCAGCCACGCACGAACAAAAAUGUACUUGAGAAACCACAUAUAGUAUGUUGAAUGUUCAUUGUUUCGAAUUCAGCAUUUUUUGUUCAUCAGCAAGACUGCCUUUGGUAUAGUUUACCUUUGUUGAACCGUAUUUUGAGCAUUACAACAUGCCCUACACAAAACCUUUGCUAAUAAUUACUAAUCCAACUACCUUUAAUUUCACUGAACUUCAUUAAGCAUUAGUGGGAUAGUAUUUUAUUCACUCAAAAUAAAGUUCAUAUACAAGUUA